CGGCGAAACCGGGAGUAUUAUACUACUAAGGUAUCGACCCUGUGCGGCAUCGGAGUUCCUACCUGCAACUCGUCCGUACUCAUUCGCGUAAUCAUGGCAUGGCCAGGCAGUGCCGACUUCUCGGGUCUCCAACAGUCACCGACAUCGACACCAUUCGGCGGAGACGUGCCGCCGUCCCUGCAGCAGGUCCAACAGCAGCAGCAGCAGCAACAGCUCACGCCCACAUCCUCGUCGACAGCAGGACCACCACGUAAGAGGAAGAAGAGCGAGAUACAGGAUGAUCAGAGCCCUCAGGCAGACGCGUCAGGCGGACUGGCAAAGGCGCAUCCGGUGAAGAGAGCCUGCAACCAGUGUCGACAGCAAAAGCUACGAUGCAACAUCCAGACAGAACCAGAGUUCCAGCCAUGCGGCCGAUGCAUCAAGCACAACCUGACGUGCGCCAUCGAUCCUGGCUUUAAGAGGCAGGAAAAGCGACAGAGACAUGCCGAGAUGGAACGCGAACUCGAGUCGCUCAAGGCCGAGAAUGCGAACUUGCGCAUGGGAAUGGCAAGAGGAGGCUUGUCCAACACGGCAGACCCUCUCCAACCGCCGACUUUCCCUCCUCAACCACCCUACGUGAACCCGAACAAUCCCUUCCCCGGUCCGAAUGAAGCUGCCGCCUCGCGUUCCCUGCUCGACCUGGCCCAAGGCAUCGACUACCCGACACGAGAGCCGACACUCCACACGCUUGGAAGAGUGACAUUGAGCGAGAACGAGGUCAUGGACCUUGUCGGAAUCUACUUUGCACGCUACCACCCAUACCUGCCUCUGCUGUCUCCCGACACGCCAUACACGGCCUUCUUCUCCAUGUCUCCUCUGCUGCAUUGGACCAUUCUUACAAUCGCCAUGCGCCGAUAUGACGGUCGCCCUGGCCUAUUGCAAGAACUCCGCCAGUCAUUCACCGACCUGAUGUGGACCACCAUCGCCUCAGUCCCGCAGUCGUACCACGUCGUCAAGGCUCUAGUUCUCAUUUGCACAUGGCCCAUGCCUAGCAGCUCGACAUCACACGAUCCGAGCAUGAUGCUUUGUGGAACUAUGGUCCAGCUUGCCAUGCAGUUCGGCUUGCACCGUCCUUCGCACGCUCAAGACUUUUCUCGCAACAGAAUUGAGCUUCGAGAUGAGGACAUCCAAGAUCGCAUGCACACUUGGGUUGCUUGCAAUUUGAUUGCUCAAAACACUUCAACUGGGUACGGCAUGCCUCAAAUCUCUCGCUGGAAUUGGUACACUCACGGCCUCCACCUCGAUCGCAUCUCCGGUGCUUUCCGCAACCGCAUUCAGAUUGAAAGAUUCGUUGAUAAGGUCACUCGCACUCUGUACAUUAUGCAACGGGACGAGUUCGUUGGUGGUGACGAAGCUCAUCGUUCUCUUCUUAUCGAUACUCUCGGAAGAGAGUACGAGGAGCUCGAAACCUCGAUCCGCGCAAACCACGCCUCACACGUUGAUCUACUUCAUGCUCAGAUCGCUGCUCUCCAUCUGCGCCUAACAGCAUUCUUUGGCUCCCCUUCAGCGCCGACAUACAAGUCUGAUCUCUCAGCGUUGUACAUUGCUGCUUCAACAUUGCUCAAAUCAUUCUUGGCACUACCACCCAAUGUUGGUGUGCAUACUCCUGGCGGCGAACAUCUGUCUGGUCCCUACCAAUGCUUUGCUACAAAUUACAUGAUGCAGAUGGUCUUGGCAGCAGGCUUCACUCUCAUGAAGUUGCUGAACUCCUUCUUCUCCAACAAAGUUGAUGUCACCAGCGGUAGAAACUUGUUCCUUCAAACUGUAGCCGCUCUCCGCAACAUCUCGGUUGUACCUAACGACUUGCCUCAACGUUUGGCUGAAGUCCUCGCCCAACUUUGGCAAGCAAACGGUGGAGGCUCUACCAACAAGCUCUUCCCCGACUCGCCAAACUUCAUCUCAGAUCCGGAACACUCUCUCCAACUCAAGGUGCGCUGUCGCAUGAGUAUGAGUUUGCUCUACGACAGUGUGUGGCGCUGGAAAGACCACGUUGGUGCUGGAGCUUCUAAGAACCUCGACCGUGCUAUCCAACAUCCUACCAUUCCUACUGCUAUCCCCAACAACGACACCAGUGAUGCCCUUCCGCCAUCCACAAUGGCUCCUGAUCAAGACUUGACCUUGAGCGGACUGGAGAACUGGGAGAAUCUCAACUUCGCAGCUAAUGCGCCGUUUGAUUCGUUGGGUUGGGCAUUGGAUGGUUUCCUGGACAUGCCCGAAGGCUUCAUGGCAUAAAAAAAGGAGUGUUAAUGUUAAGGUAUCGGACGGGGUUUUGCUUCUUGAACAUAGGCGUUUUGCGCAGCGAUGGGUGGCUUAUUCUUUGUUUCUUGCUUCAACAGCUUUUCAUGGAAAUUGAAGUUUUUGAUGGACGGGGUUUAGCUAGAUGAAUGAUGGGAAAGGACGAAAAGAGAGCGACACAACAGAUGAAUUCACGAUCAACUUUUGACAUUCCGAG